AUGAACACCAGCGAAGCUGAAGACGCUAGGAUUAUUGCGCACACAAAACCAUCAGUCUCAGAGCGCCGCCGCCUGCAGAACAGACUCGCACAGCGUAAAUUCAGGGAAAGGAAAGCACAAAAAAAGAAACCACAGACGGAAUAUCCAGAAGACGCCGGAUCCGGCCAACCAUGCGAUCCAGGCGACAGCGAGGCUCACUACGAGGUAGGCAGCCAUGAGUAUACGGGGGACAUGGACGGUUACUUUCAGAUCGACAGCUGCUACGACGAAGUCGCGGCCUUGGCGCUUGCUUCGCUUGACCACGAAUCAGCGUAUAUGGCAUUGGAAGCUGGGAGUUACCAAUUUGCAGGCGAGAGCGUACACCCAGACGACGUAAUAGCAACAACCCAAGCUGAAGAUCAUGACCCCCACCAUGCCAACUAUAUCCUCCCAGUCGCCUUCUCGUUGGACGACUCGCCGACCGCGUGGACGCCAUCCUUACAAAGCAGAAGCAGCUCCGUACCGCACCAGCUGUCGGGAUACCAGACACCUGCUACCCCCGGCAGCGUUCUACCCACCAUCUCUACCCCAUUCACGAGCAACCUCGAAGAUGACAACCCUACCAGCCCGCAGCCGCAGUAUCCCCCCGCAAACCCGGCAGCUUGCCGAGUCAUCCCAGACCACCACCUGCAGCAGCAGCAGCAGCAACACCACCCGCAGCCAACAUACGACUACCACGACUACCACAAAAUCGUCACCGCAACCACAGCCGCCAAGCAAACGGCAGCAGCGCCUCUCCUACAUGUAGCCACACGAUCCCGCAACCGGCGCAUCAUGAUGACGCUCCUCAAGCACGGCGUACCGCCCAAUGAGCGCGACGAGCUAGGCCGCACGGCCCUGCAUGUGGCGGCAUCUCAGGGGGACGAGUCGCUGGCAGCGCUGCUGCUGCGCUACGGCGCGGACCCGGCCAUCUGCGACCUGCGGGGCCAGACGGCACUUUACACCGCGGUUGAGGGGGGUUUUGGCGAGGUGGUCGAGUUGUUGCUAGAGAAAAGCACUGCGACAGCCGACAGUCUUAGGUAUGCUGCUGGAGGGGGGUAG